AUGCGUCUCGCGUACAUUAUCGCCGUGGUGAUUGCGGGUGCUCUACCCAGUAGCAAUGCGUUGCAUGCCGUCUAUGAUGCCAAGGCACUGAAUGAACUCAAAACUUUACCCGAUUUUGCCUCCACAAGCCACACGGACGGCAACCGUCUGCUACGCCGUGUCGAUAAUGAGGAAUCUGAGACCGAGGAAGAGAGAGUACUCGAUCUGAAGAAUUCCGUGAAGAAGCUCAAUCCCAUUAACCCCCCAACGCCCAACGGUUGUACGUACAGCAGGAAUCAUGUUGUACGUACAACAUGUUAA